AUGGAGCUAUCAAAAUCUUCAAAGAACAAGCUCAGGUAUUUCUCCAUUCUAAACCCCAAUUUCUGUCUUAACUAUUUGAAAACCCUAGGUUUGCCCACAUUCUCUCACAUUGAAAUCUUGAAUUCUAGUCACUUCCACUCAAUACCCACUUCAAAUCCUUCUUAUUCCUUCGUUUCCUCAACUGGGUCGUCUUCAGUUUGUUCUAUUAGGCAUCUAUUUUCUCGAUCUUCUCAGUCAUCACAUUUAUCUAAUUGUAAUGGUUAUAGAUGUCUAAGGUUGGAACUUGGCUUGUUUUCAUCUCAAACUUCUUGUAGAUUCAUUUCAUCCGCUUUAAUUGUAAGCUAUAGUAGAAAAUUUCAGUAUGGUAACGAGAGUAUUGAUAGAUUUAAGCAAUAUGCGGCUCCGAAACAAGUUUCAGAUAUUAUUCAUUUGAUUAGAGAUAGUGAUAGUGAAAUGGAGUCCAAGUUGAAUUCCAUGAAUGUCAGAUUGUCUACUGCUUCUAUGAUUGAGAUUUUUCGGGUUUUGAAUUGUGAGAAAGUAUGUGCGUUGCGCUUCUUUAAGUGGGUUAAACAUUUCCAGCCUGAGUUGUAUGAUAAUUAUGAUAUUUGUAGUUUGGUUAUUGAUAAUUGUGGGCGAUUGAAUGAUUAUGAAUCUAUGCAUUUACUUUUGGAAGAGUUCAAUGAGAAACAGGUUUGUCUAACUGAGAAGGCAUUUGGGUUUUUGCCGGUAAUGAUUUCGAGUAAGGCUUCAACUAGGAAAGAAAUAAAGAGAGUAGUUGAGGUGUUGAAUAAAGUCGGGGGCUCUUGUCGUGUUUCCGGUGUGCGUGCAUUGAUUGAGAUGUUUAGUGUUCUUAGAUUCUUUGAAAUGGCUCAGUAUGUGAUAUCGAAGACAGAGAAGAAAAUUUCUUACUACAAUAUUUUGAUUAGGGAAAUGUGUCGGAAAUGUGAUUUUAGAUUAGUUAGAGAUUUGCUUGAUGAGAUGAGGCAACUAGAAUGUGAACCAAACUGUCAAAGUUAUAAUUUUAUCCUCAGUGGUUUAUGUAAGAAUGGUGAAGAUGCUGAGGCUUGUAAGGUGUUUAAAGAAAUGCUAGAAAAAAAUUGCCCUCCAGAUGUUGUAACGUAUGAAAUUUUUAUAUAUAACUUCUGUAGACUUGGAAAGUUUAGUGUCGCGUUGCAGUUUUUUGAAGACAUGGUGGUGAGAGGUCUUGAACCUCGGGCUGCAACACAUGCUGCCUUUAUCAAGGGUUAUUUCAACUUGCAGCGAUACAAGGAGGCAUAUGAGUAUGUGGUUAGUUCAUCUGAUAUAUAUAAGAGUUCAAGCAACACAAUGUACAGUUUACUUGCGAGCCUCCAUGAUAAAAACAGAAAUGCAGUCAUGGCUAAGAAUAUUCUUUUGGAAAUGACCAACAAAGGUCUUAAACCAAAUGUUUCGAUAUAUAGGAGAGUUUUGAAGCAUCUGCAGAUGACAGGUAGAGAAGAUAUGGCUAGCUCUCUGGUUAGCGGGUUUUCUAGUUUGAGUUUUCAUUCAAGCAAGGAAUCUGAAUAA